AAAGCUUCAGAGGCUCGAGGAAACAGUAUUCUAGACCAGCAUAGAGAGAGAGAUGAAGCUACUACAUUUCUUCUGUGUCUUCCUGACUGUCCUUGCCUCCACUUGGGCUGAGGACGUAGCGACCGUAUUGAGCCCUCGUGGAGCCAGGCCAGUAGAACAUGGUUACAAGGCUGAUAAAUGUGCCACAGAGAAGAACUGGCCUUUUUGCUCAGAUGAUGACUGGGGUCCUAAGUGCCCGUCAGGUUGUCGUAUCCAGGGUCUGUUAGACAAGGCAGACCAUUCCCUGCUGAAGAAGAUAGAGAAGAUUAGGCAGCUCCUUGACCAGAACAGAGCCAAACACCGCUCUGCCGACCAGGCAUCCAAACAGACCUAUGACUACCUCAAGGAGAAACUCACCUCCAACGCAGGUAAUGACAACAGCUUCUAUGACCUGGCUGAACGCCUCCGUCAGAGGAUCGUCGACAUCAAGAUCAAGAUAGAGCGUCAGCUGAGGAUCCUCAACGCUCUGAAGACCAGCAUCAAAGACCAGGUUAUAGAGAUGCAGAGACUGGAGGUGGACAUUGACAUCAAGCUACGCUCCUGUAAGGGGUCUUGUAAGGGCUACGCUGAGUUCUCCAUUGAUCAAGCAUCCUACGUGGCUCUGGACAAGCAGAUGUACCAGCUGGAAUCCCAGAGCGUUCAGUCUGUGGAGACCGUCAGCACGCUGUACGUCAUGAAGAGCCGACCGCUUAAAGACGUCGUGGUGGACAGCAAGUACAAGUCCGGCCCGGCUGAGGAACAGAAGGAGGUUUUCUUCCCGGAGGUGAAGACCGUGAAGCUGACCUUGGAGACCCAGGGGUCCAGCGCUUCAUCUGCCGCCACUGCCAGCCAGGUCCCGGUGUGUAGUCUGUGGAUACAACAAGGGAAUGGGGUCUCCCACUCAGUUCGACAGAGAGACAGAGGCAGGAGGGGACGGUGUCCUGACAGACCAGAGCACCCACUCUGCUCUGACCACCAGUGGGAGUCCCGGUGUCCGUCGGGCUGCAGACUACAGGGUCUAAUGGAGCAGACAGAGAGACAGACGAGGGGCAGACUGAGGGACAUCUGUGAGAGGAGACAGAGGUACGAGGACGCGGCUACAGCAUCCAUGGUGACCACCAAACACAUCUACAAUAUCAACCGCAAGGCCAUCGUCAAGACACACAUGUCUGAGCUGAGGUACGUGGAGUUUGCUGAGGGGUUGGCCAUGAACCUGACAUCGCUAAGGAAACGGUCGGCUGCGUUGCUACGGAAACUGAAGGAGCAGCGAAGCCACGUCCAGAAACAGCUAGAGGACAUGUACCGGCAAGAGGUGGAUGUUGAGAUCAAACUGCGCUCCUGUCAAGGAUCAUGCAACAGGUCCAUCGCUUUCCGUAUCGACCACGACAGCUACAGAUCGCUAGCCAAUCAGAUGGCCCUGUUCAGUAACACCGCCAAGCAUCGGAAGAGCUCUCCUCUUAAUAAGGACAUCGCCAAGAUCAAACUACAGCCGGUGACUGUCGGUCCCCUGCCAUCGACCGCCUAUAAAACCAUCCCCAUGGUCCAGAAGGAACUCCUGACUCAGUUUGAGGAUCUAGAACAGAAUCAUGUGGUUCUAGAAGAGGUUCUAGAAGAAACGGAAUGCCUGGGUUCUGAAAGGGAGAGAGGAAAAGGAGAAGCAGGCGUUCUAGAAUGUAAAUAAUAAACUCAGAUAGAGAUCUCUGCCUCUCUGUGAUCUCUUGGUUCGGUUCUGAUAGAUAUGUUAUUAUGAACAUAUUGGGGUCAUAUUUUUAUUUACUUCUAAAGGACUGCUGUUUUAAUUAACAUAAACUAUCAUUAUAUACAGCCACGGGAAGUAGGGGUGUUGAGGAUGCCUCACUGGGGUGAGAGGUGUCACUGCAGAAACACUUGUUUGAAUCCAUGCUGCAUCACGUCUGGCUGUGAUUGGGUGUCCCAUAGGGACAAUUGGCCCAGCGUUGUCCAGGGUGUCAUUGUAAAUAAGAAUUUGUUCUUAACUGACAUGAUAAAUUAAACUAAUAUUUCUCUUGUCAGAGAGUCUUAAAAUAAGCAGCAGGUUGGGAAGAAAACAUUCUGUCAGCACUCUCUUGACGAAGAGAUUCUCAACCCCCUCUCCCAGGACUAACGAAGAGAUUCUCAACCCCCUCUCCCAGGACUAACGAAGAGAUUCUCAACCCCCUCUCCCAGGACUAACGAAGAGAUUCUCAACCCCCUCUCCCAGGACUAACGAAGAGAUUCUCAACCCCCUCUCCCAGGACUAACGAAGAGAUUCUCAACCCCCUCUCCCAGGACUAACGAAGAGAUUCUCAACACCCUCUUCCAGCACUAACGAAGAGAUUCUCAACCCCCUCCUCCAGCACUAACGAAGAGAUUCUCAACCCCCUCCUCCAGCACUAACAAAGAGAUUCUCAACCCCCUCCCCCAGGACUAACGAAGAGAUUCUCAACCCCCUCCUCCAGGACUAACAAAGAGAUUCUCAACCCCCUCCUCCAGGACUAACGAAGAGAUUCUCAACCCCCUCCGCCAGGACUAACAAAGAGAUUCUCAACCCCCUCCGCCAGAACUAACAAAGAGAUUCUCAACCCCCUCCUCCAGGACUAACGAAGAGAUUCUCAACCCACUCCUCCAGGACUAACAAAGAGAUUCUCAACCCCCUCCUCCAGGACUAACGAAGAGAUUCUCAACCCACUCCUCCAGGACUAACAAAGAUAUUCUCAACCCCCUCCUCCAGGACUAACGAAGAGAUUCUCAACCCCCUCCUCCAGGACUAACGAAGAGAUUCUCAACCCCCUCCGCCAGAACUAACGAAGAGAUUCUCAACCCCCUCCUCCAGGACUAACGAAGAGAUUCUCAACCCACUCCUCCAGGACUAACAAAGAUAUUCUCAACCCCUUCCUCCAGGACUAACGAAGAGAUUCUCAACCCACUCCUCCAGGACUAACAAAGAGAUUCUCAACCCCUUCCUCCAGGACUAACAAAGAUAUUCUCAACCCCCUCUUCCAUCACUAACGAAGGGAUCUUCAACCCCACCAGCACUAACAAAGAGAUUCUCACCCCCCCAGCACUAAACAUCUUCCUGCGGCCAGGUCUAUAUGUAUAUUAUGAUAUACUUCUGCAUUGUUGAAUACUCCUUUCUUAUUGGCUAGAAAGGCAUUCUAGAAUGUACAUUAACCAGAUAACGGGACAGUUGGAAAUGAUAUCAGGACACCUUGCAAUAUGCACUUGCAGACCAUACUUGCUACACAGAUACAGAAAGAUAAAACCAACAACCACACAAACUGAAGUUGGGAACAUUGUAAACGCAGGUCCAACGAGGAACAAAUGUAGCUAGCUAGUAUUUUAUUAAUUUACCUUUUGGUGCCUCUGAUGACAACGUGAUGAGUGAUGAACAGGAAUUCCUUCGGUCCUCUCUGGUGCUAUGCUGUCAAAUCCUCCCUCAUGUUUCUAGUUUAGUGUCACUAUGCUGUCAAAUCCUCCCUCAUAUUUCUAGUUUAGUGUCACUAUGCUGUCAAAUCCUCCCUCGUGUUUCUAGUUUAGUGUCACUAUGCUGUUAAAUCCUCCCUCAUGUUCCUAGUUUAGUGUCACUAUGCUGUUAAAUCCUCCCUCAUGUUCCUAGUUUAGUGUCACUAUGCUGUCAAAUCCUCCCUCGUGUUUCUAGUUUAGUGUCACUAUGCUGUCAAAUCCUCCCUCGUGUUCCUAGUUUAGUGUCACUAUGCUGUCAAAUCCUCCCUCGUGUUUCUAGUUUCAGCAACUGAUUUCAGCUCCUGAUAUUUUUUUAUUUGAUUGUCAUAUUAGCAGGUUUGCUAGCAAUACAACUAUUUAGCUAGCUUCUAGCCUAGUGUUUGAUAUGCAAUGCGUUCUCCUCGUAAUGAACAGUCAGUGUCGACAAGUGUCCUGAUGAGAUGGCGCUAUACCAGGCAAAGUCAGGCAUCAUCAGCUCAUUGUUGUGGAUGUAUCCAAAUCUACAGGAUGUCAACAGAAAACAGCUACAUUGCUGUUAUUCUGGCUGCAGAGACUGUGACUGUGUUAGCCAUAGACUGUGUUAGCCUAGGCUGUGUUAGCCUAGGCUGUGUUAGCCAUAGACUGUGUUAGCCAUAGACUGUGUUAUCCAUAGACUGUGUUAGCCAUAGACUGUGUUAGGCAUAGACUGUGUUAGCCAUAGACUGUGUUAGCCUAGGCUGUGUUAGCCAUAGACUGUGUUAGCCAUAGACUGUGUUAGCCAUAGACUGUGUUAGCCAUAGCUAGCUGGCUGGCUAACAAGCAAGGGAUAAGAACGUUGCCAGCAAGCAUAGCAAUAGAACGCAAAGAACGAACGACUGGGUCGGCGUCCGUAAAUAUCAAACUAAUGGAACGAACGACUGGGUCGGCGUCCGUAAAUAUCAAACUAAUGGAACGAACGACUGGCAACCAAAAUAUGAUCAAGUAUGAAUUUGCUUAUAUAAAUGAAAAUCUUUUUAAAAAUCUUUUAUUUCCAAAUGGAAGGGCCCAUUCACUGUCUCUCUCUGUGUCUAAACAUUGACAUAACAAUAUUUCAAGUAGAUUCUCUCUCUAUAUAUUCUGUAUAUAGUAACCUUGGUGUUAUUGUUUUUACAUUUUAAGGGUCAGUUGAUACCUUCCACAUUCCAGGUAAUGAUCUGAUGGCUGUGGGUAGAUACAAUGCUUUUUAAAAUGCUCUCAUUU